ACCAAUUCGGAACUGUCAAACUUCAACAAGCAAGAAAAAUAUUCCUAAAUGACUGGCGGUGUCACUGUUGUUAUUCAUCCGUAAUUUUGUUCUUUAUUCGAGUUUAAUUUGAUUUUCAUUUGCAAAUUUCGUUUAAACUACCAACAACCUCAUCAACUACAAUGGACAACCAAGACGCAGCAUCGAGCUCAAACAAUUUUCCUGUUUUACCGCCACCACCAAGUUCGGCUCAACAAAGUGCCGCACAAAAACGACUACAGCAAACACAAGCAAAAGUUGACGAAGUGGUUGGCAUAAUGCGGGUCAAUGUGGAAAAAGUGCUGGAACGUGACCAGAAAUUGGGUGAACUGGACCAACGUGCUGAUGCUUUACAGCAUGGUGCAUCGCAGUUCGAACAGCAGGCCGGCAAAUUGAAACGGAAACAUUGGUGGGCCAACAUCAAAAUGAUGAUUAUAAUGGGCGUGAUUGGCGUGGUUCUACUAAUCAUCAUCAUUGCAUCAUUAUGGCCAGAAGGAAGUUCAUCGGCUGUCGCGGCACCAACGGAAGCACCUCCAAAAACUCCCUAAUUCCUAGAUUUUUCUUCUUUCGUCUAAUUUUUGUAUGUGGUGUCGACACACAAUUUAUUUAAAACAACAACAACAACAACAAACAAAUGAUAAUCAAGUUAUAUGUGGUAGGUAAAAAUACUAUUGUGUUAGCAAAUGCUUUAAAAAAACGAGAGAUAAUUUUGUAUUAACAAUCAAGGCUUAUUUCUAUUAUAAUAAUAUGCGGGGAAUGGAAACAAUAAUUUCAUUCGAAAUGUUAAGUUGUAUUUAUAUGUAAUCGUUCAAUCGAAGCUCCGAAAAUAAUUUUCAUUUUUCUUUCGGUGGUAUACCAAUGUGUCCACCUAUUCCCAAUUCCUACACAAUUUCCUAUACAUUUGCGAAACGAGACUUUGUUUUCUGGUGACAAAUUCCUAUCGCAAGAAUGUGUUUUCUUUCUUUUUUUUGUCGGUCGUUGUCGAUGUGGCGUUCUAUUUAUUUGAAAAUGUGCCUUUCCCUCACUCGAUGUAAUAUUUAAACAUCUAAACGAAUUCGACAAAUUGAAAAUUUGUUUUCCUGAAUUUAAAUAUCGCGCACACAGUCGUUACGCCAAAAAUAUUCGAAAAUUGAAUUGUAUAAAACAGCAACGAAGAAUUUUUUAAUUUGCCUGGAAUAAUCUGGGAUGGAAAUACCAAUUUUCGUAUAAAAUGAAAAUUUUGAUGGAAAAAAAGGAAACUUUACAAUACGGCAAAAUGGAAAAUGUAUUUUUUUUGUAUCUUUACUCUGUAACACAUUUAAAAAA